CGAAAAUAAAUGCAUUGAUCUGAGUCAAUUGAGAAUAGUGAACUCAUUUCAUAUUACAUCAAUUCUCUCAAGAUUUAAGAUGGACUCACGACAACUCUUCCUCGUAGCCUUGGCCAUAUCUAUCGGCGCGCUUCUCGUUGCAUUCUUUAAAAAUGCACCCACAGAGGAGAUGAACUAUGAGGGGUUCAUGGAGACCGAUCCCGAAUAUGAGUACAAUCAUGUUGAUCCCAGCCUUGUGGACUAUUAUACAAACACCGUGGAUGAGAUCAUGUUUAAGAUGUCGAUUAUGCAAGACCAUGAUGGUGCAGAAAAGAGGCCGGAUUGGAAAGAGAUGACUGAUAUGAUCAGGGCUCAAAAUAUGGCGUUUAAAGCCAGUGGGUCUCAAUUUUAUUGCAAGCCAAAUUCGUUAUUGUUCUUUCCAACCUUACCCGAGGAAUCAUCUGCUUUCUUCGAAAGCCAAAAGUGCAACAAACAUAACGCAAUAUUUAAUGAUUGGGAGGAGCGAGGGGAAGUCAUUGUCCGUCAACUUCCUCCAAACGAAGACCCCAAAGAGUACGUGGAUCGUCUUAUGAAGAUAGGCAACGCUCCACCCUCUGAGUUUCAUGCUCCCAAAGGGACAUUUAGCGGAGGCCAAAUAGGUCCAUCCAUGGUUUAUGCUGCAAUGGACGAUAUUAAAGGGGCUUCUGUCCGGCAAAAGUCACCGAAUUUGGUUGUUUCAACUUACAAGAGCUCUGCUGACAACAAGGAUGAGCCUGAUCUUAGCCCUGAUAUUGAACAUUGGACGUGCUUCGAAGGAGCUAAGAGUAUCGCAGAUUCGAAUGAUUCCCAACCAAAGGAAAAAUCUGAGCAAUAUCACUCAAAGACAGACAACACCGGAUCGGAUGCCACGCUCGUGGAAUUGGUUUCCCUUGAGACUGAUGGAGAGGAGAAACUGAAAGCCUUGAUUGCGACGUUUGGCGUUGUGGUGUCGAGCGUUUCCAUUGGAGCAGAUGGAUCCUACCUGAAUAGAAUGUUCAAGAGUUAUGGCGGCGGGAUCUUCGAUUAUUGCCACGAGACAUUGGUCAAUGGUUUUCGUUCUCGUACGUUUCCACCUUUGCGACUUUCCGAAGUCCCAAGCUUCCUUGCCUGCAGAACGAUUUCUUGUUGAAGAUGAUUGUGAGGAACACAACGAAAACAUGCCCAAUCUCUUGGUCACGAAACUCCUAAUCCCCUCAGGGCCACAUGUCAUAGAGGACUUAUAAGAGCGUAUCUUUUCUUGGACCUCCCACCCUGUGAUUUUCCAUAGUCUAGAACCAAAUCAGUCUUGGACUUACGGUGUGAGAGAGCGGGAUCUCAAGCCAUCAUCCAAACUAGAGGGGCCAAGAAUGAUCUUCUCAGAAGUGUGAUGGCAAAGACCUUAGCCAAGGCAAAUUCAUUUCACGCUCGUACAAUUCCUAUUUGGAACUCUAUUCCUCUGUAUAAACGAAAUUCCCCCAGUCCAACAACUUUUCACCGCUUUUUAAUUUCCGACCGCUUCUCUGCUUUUUUAAAAUUGUACUUUUAUGAGUUUAUUGCCGGGGCGACAGGCAACGUGACGUUAUGAUUUACUCCAUGUUUUGAUCUAUUUUGUUUACCCAUUUCCUUCCCUUUUCUUCUUCUACUUUACAUUUGAUUUCCUUAGGCCAUUACUCUUACAUACAUGAGGCAACCGUGUUCAGAGUG